UUUUUUUUUUUAAUAUAAAAUUGUGUUCUUGAAUUUUCGACAAAGCGCGUUGAUUUUUUGGGUAUGUAAGGUGAGUUUUAUUGCUAUAGUUGAUCAAUAUCUUAUUAGGUUUGUGUGUUUUGUUCAUUUCCUUUUGUUUUUAUAUCCACAGCUUAGCCCUAAGACCAGGGGAUGGUGAAAUAGAGCCUCAUUUGCUGUGGUCAGCAAGGAAGAAAUCAGAAAUAGAUCGUCUUUGGAAUGUUUUGAUAGGUUUUGCGCUCGGUUCAAUUAACUGAGGAUUACUUUUGGAUUUGACCAGGUGCAAUGGAGAUAUCAUUGUUAAAACUUCUUCUCAACAACAUCUCCCAAUUUUUCCCUUUAUCAUCAAUCGAAAGCAUAAGCGAUGAACUAGUUCAGAGGUAUUAUUGCAAGACUGAGGAUCUAUUGAAGAUUUUAAAGCCGAUUCUUGAGGCCAUUAUCGAUGUUGAAGCAGCUUCCAGUGAGCUGCUUCAGAAAGCAUUUGCCGGACUAGCUCAAUUUGUUGAUGAACUGAGGGAGCUGUGUGAAACCUUGCAACCGCUGGGUAGUAAAGUUUAUUUUGUCCUGCAAGCUGAAUCACUGAUUGUAAAAAUUCGAACAUUUAGUCUUGAAAUUCUCGAGCUACUUAAAUCUUCUCAUCAAUGCCUUCCUGCUGAUACAACUUUGACAUCUCUUGAGCACUGUAUACUGAAAAUUAAGUAUGUGGAUUAUGAACUGAUAUCCAUGACUAUCACAAAGGCUAUUAAGGCUCAAAUGGAAGGCUUGGGAGCAAACUCAGACAGCUUUGCAAAAAUUGCCGAUUGCCUAAGAUUGAAGUCAAACCAAGAGCUUUUAAUUGAGCUUGUGGCCCUUGAAAAAUUGAAGGAGAACGCUGAACAAGCUGAAAAGACUGAGGAAGUUGAAUAUAUUGAGCAAAUUAUAGCUCUUGUUUCCCAUAUGCACGACUGCUUCGUCACAAUGAAACAGUCUCAGACCUUAACCCCUGUGCCGAUACCUCCUGAUUUUUGUUGCCCCCUCUCACUUGAGUUAAUGACGGACCCCGUAAUUGUUGCUUCUGGACAAACUUACGAGCGAGCUUUUAUAAGGAAAUGGAUUGAUCUUGGUCUUACUGUUUGUCCUAAGACCAGGCAAAUUCUGGGGCACACAAAUCUCAUUCCUAAUUACACUGUUAAGGCACUUAUUGCACAUUGGUGUGAAUCAAACAAUGUAAAGCUGCCUGAUCCGAUGAAGUCUUCAAUUCUAGCACAUGCAGAUUCUGGUGUGCCCAGGGAUACCCAGGGUUUUCCCCUUCCAAGGGGCAAUCACUCUUCGUCACCUGAUUCUGCUCUCCUUUUAAGUUCUCCAAGGAAGAGUUUGAUUUCAUCAAGUAUAAACCAAAGAGAAGGUUCAUCUCCGGAAGAUUCUUCACCUGGAGUUGCUAGUAAUAUGCUUGCUCUGGAUGUUGAAAGGAUAUCUAUUAAGAGUUCUGAAGAACGAAUGGCCCACUCUGGAGAGAUAAACUCACAUGGUCAUAGUAUGUUAGCAGCCGAUGAACACUUCCUUGUAGGUCAUAAUAGAACCACCUCGGCACCCAGCACACUAUCCGAUUCAAACUUUUCACCUGCAAUUUCUGGUGAUGGAAAUGAUGCUUUCUCAAGAUCAGCAGCGGCUGCGACUGACACUUCUGGGGAUGUGUCAGAAUCCCAGCCUGCUGUGCCAUUACGAAGGGAACCGGAAUUCCCAUCCAUGCUGGAGACAAGAGCUCGAACUCAAUCCAUCUGGCGUAGACCUUCUGAGAGGUUUCCUAGAUUAGUUUCUUCUGCUACGGUUGAAAGAAGGGCUGAUCUUUUGGAAGUUGAGAAGCAAGUUAGGAAGCUGGUUCAGGACUUGAAUAGCAAUUCCAUUGACGUGCAGAGAGAUGCCACAGCUGAACUCCGGUUACUUGCCAAGCACAAUAUGGAUAAUCGUAUUGUAAUUGCAAAUGUGGUCAACUUACUUCAUUCAGAAGACAUGAAAGUACAGGAAAAUGCUGUUACUGCGCUUCUAAACUUAUCAAUUAAUGACAACAACAAGUGUUCGAUUGCAAACGCUGAUGCAAUUGAACCUCUAAUUCAUGUCCUCCACACUGGAACUGCUGAGGCUAAAGAAAACUCUGCUGCUACGCUUUUUAGCCUUUCUGUAAUUGAGGAUAACAAGAUGAAGAUUGGGAGGUCUGGGGCUAUCAAACCUCUUGUGGAUUUAUUGGGAAAUGGAUCUCCAAGGGGCAAGAAGGACGCAGCAACAGCUCUAUUUAACUUGUCAAUACUUCAUGAAAACAAGGCUCGCAUUGUGCAGGCUGGUGCUGUAAAGUUUCUUGUAGAGUUGAUGGACCCCGCUGCUGGGAUGGUUGACAAGGCUGUUGCUGUUUUAUCAAAUCUUGCAACUAUUCACGAGGGAAGAGCAGCAAUCGGUCAGGAAGGAGGGAUUCCCGUUCUGGUUGAGGUUGUUGAGCUGGGCUCUGUGAGAGGGAAGGAAAAUGCAGCAGCUGCUUUGUUGCAAUUAUGCACCAAUAGUAGCAGGUUCUGCAACAUGGUUCUCCAGGAAGGAGCUGUACCUCCGUUAGUAGCAUUGUCACAGGCUGGCACCCCAAGAGCCAGAGAAAAGGCUCAGGGACUUCUUAGCUACUUCAGAAACCAACGGCAUGGUAAUGCAGCGAGGGGCUGAUUUAUAUGCUGGACAGUGAAAAUAUAUUUUUCUCAAGGUAACUGAUUAAAUGAUGCGUGUAAAGUUGAUAUUGAGAGUUAUUUACAUAGAGAUUCUGCCUAUUGAAAUAUUCUAAUAUUUGUGAUCUAAGAAAGAAAAAUGAUUUGUGGAGGCUUUUAUGAGUCCAUCCUCUGAUAACUUCGUAUGUGAAUGUGGAAGAAAAGCCUUUAUACCAGUAACAA